UAUUCAUUAGUACCCUCAGAACAAAUCAAGUCCAGGGAGUUGCAUAUUUUUUGCGACGCCUCAGAGAAGGCAUAUGGCUCCGUAGCCUAUCUGCGGAUGGAAAUUGAUAAGAGCGUGGUCCAAACUUCCUUUAUCAUGGCAAGGUCUCGAGUAGCCCCAAAAAGGCAAAUAUCCAUUCCCCGCCUAGAACUUUGUGCUGCUCUAACAGGUGCCCAACUUUCAAAACUCUUGCAAACUGAACUGACUCUUCCUUUAACAAGUACUAUCUUAUGGUCAGAUUCCACAACUGUUUUAUCUUGGCUGCAUUCUUCCUCCUGUCGAUACAAAGUGUUUGUAGCAAAUAGAGUCACAGAAAUCUUGGAGCUUACCGAUCUUUCUUCUUGGAGAUAUGUUCCAUCUGGGCAGAAUCCAGCAGAUGACAUUACUAGAGGGAGUACCCUUGUUGAGUUAGCCAAGCCUGCCCAUAGAUGGCGACAAGGCCCAAUGUUCCUGAAACAUCCGCCACAUGAAUGGCCACAAAAUCUAGUAUCCAGCCCUGCUAGCCCUGACCCUGAACUCCGCAAACCACUCUUUUGUGGGUUAACACAGUCAGAAGAUCUUGUGCUUCCAGACCCAAGUCGUUUUAAGUCAUGGUCAGAAUUGAAGUCCGCAACAACUGAGCUCCUGCGACAGCACAAUCCAGAUUCCUUUGAUACUUCCUCCGUUGAAACCUUACUUUUGAAGCAAGCACAGCAACAAAGUUUCCCCUCAGAGUACCAGUGCUUGAAGCAAGGUAAACCUGUUGAAUCUCAAAGUCGCCUUCUUACCCUUUCUCCAGAACUGAAUGAAAAAACAGGACUUAUUGUAGUGGGCGGAAGGCUAAGACGAGUAAAGGAUAUUGAACCAGGAAUUGUUCAUCCAGUUGUUCUUGACCCUAAACAUCCAUUGUCCCAGUUAAUUGUAAAAGAUUAUGAUGAGAAACUGUUCCAUCCUGGCCCAGAGAGAGUUUUCUCAGAACUUCGGCGAAACUACUGGAUAAUUAAAGGGAGACAAGCUGUAAAGAAACAUCAGUGGUCCUGCUUAGAAUGCAAGAAGUGGAGAGCUAAACCAUCUAUUCCACAAAUGUCAGAUCUCCCCUCCUCAAAGCUCCAAUUGUGUAAACCCCCAUUUUGGUCCACUGGAAUGGACUGUUUUGGCCCCUUUCAUGUUAAGGUUGGUCGUAGGACAGAAAAAAGAUGGGGCAUCCUUUUCAAAUGCCAGACCACUAGAUGUCUACAUAUUGACUUGUUAACUAGUCUAGAUGUGGACAGUUUCCUGAUGGCACUACGUCGAUUUAUAUCUAGGAGAGGUAAGCCGUACGAGAUUCUUAGUGAUCAAGGGAGUAAUUUCCGUGGUGCUGCAAGAGAAUUGAAGGAAGUCUAUCAGAAUCUUACCACUGAACUACAACUUAAAUUGGAAAAUCAGCAGAUUACAUUUAAGUUUAACCCACCACAAGCCCCUCAUUUUGGAGGCUCAUGGGAGAGAGAGAUCCGUUCAAUAAAAACAGCUCUGCGAGUGGCACUUGGCAGUCAAACCAUAUCAGAGGAAGUCUUACGAACAGUCCUGACAGAAAUUGAAGGAGUUUUAAAUUCAAAACCUCUUGGAUAUGCCUCAUCUAACAUCUCAGACCUCGAUCCCAUCACCCCAAAUUUGCUCCUUAUGGGGCGGCGGGACUCUUCUCUGCCACAGGUGAUUUAUGCCAAUACAGAGUUCCUUGGUCGUAGAUCUUGGCGUCACAGCCAAAUCCUUGCUGACAGAUUCUGGACAUCCUUUAUUCACAAUUAUUUGCCAGGUCAACAACUGCGGCAAAAAUGGAAUAGGGAACAGCCCAAUUUGAAUGACUCUACAGUUGUCUUAGUUAUUGAUCCUCAACUUCCACGAGCAUCAUGGCCUGUUGGCAGGGUAGUACGUCUCCUACCCAGUCAGGAUGGACGUGUUAGAGCAGCUGAGUUUAAUAUUAAUGAUAAAAUUUAUGUACGCCCUGUUGCCAAGUUGAUUCCAUUACCCAAAAUAGAGGAUUAAUAGCAAAUACAUUACUGUAUUUGGGGGCGGCUGUUGUGAAUUAGACUAUUUUUCCCCUUUUUCUCCUUUAUACUACAUUUCCUACAAUCCCUUGCAGACUGCAUCACCAUUUUUUGUGUACUCCAUUACCCAUAAUCCCCAGCUGAGGUCUAUAAAUAGACCUCAUUUCCUUUCUUUGUUCUUUUGUAUUGGUGAGGUGUGGGCCUGAAGAUGAGCACUCAAUCAUGUUUGUUUGAGUGUUUUCCACAAGAUGUGUAAUUGACCAGAAAACCAUCUUUAUCAUCCUGUGUAUUAUAAGCAUUCUGCUUAUCCUGUGGAACCUGUGUAAUGUGCAUCCAGUUUUAAUGUCAACAAGAAUAAAUGAAAGCAAAAGGAAUGGUAUCUGUCCCGUGUUUUAACAAGACACACCACCAAGUACUACACGUCCACUGAA